UUUCACCCCAAUUUUCCAUUGAAUGGAAUUCUUAUAUGUAUAUUAAAUAAAAAUCAAAACAAUUUACAAAAAAUAUAUGUCAAUAGGAGAAGUAAAUAAAUAAAAAAUUGUUCUUUUAAUGUUUGAGUCAAACCUUCAAAAACUCUGGUAAAAUAAAAUAGCUAGACCAAAGUUACAAAAAUGUCUAAAACAAAGUUUGCAACACACUCCAAUUUACUAACAGGCGAAAUUGAAAGAAUCGAAAUAAAAUCAAAGUUUGACGCCGAAUUUCGUCGAUGGUCCAUUUACAAAUUAGAACCACUUACUUUUGAUGGAUUUUGUAAUCUUAUUAAAAGCUUACACAAGCUAGAGGACUUUCAAUUUUUGAUAUCAUAUAUAGAUCCAAGUGAUAACGAUUUACUACCAAUCAAUAAUGACGAUAACUUUCAUCGGGCCCUAACAACCGCUCGACCAUUAUUGAGAGUUAUUAUUCAAAGAAAAGGAGAUACUUUGGAAGAAAUAACUGGAUAUGGUACCAUCAAACCGAGAAAUCUGAUAAGCAGUAUUUUAGGGCAAUCAUCCAUCAAAACUAAAACAUUAGCUAUUUCAAAUCCACAUGAUUUUCGCACAGUGUCGCAAAUAAUUGAUGUAGACAUUGUACCAGAAACAUGUCGUCGAGUGAGGUUGCUUAAACAUGGAAGUGACAAGCCACUUGGAUUUUAUAUACGUGAUGGGACAUCAGUAAAAGUAACAUCUAACGGGUUAGAAAAGCAGCCAGGUAUUUUUAUAUCCAGACUUGUACCAGGAGGCUUGGCUGAGAGUACAGGCCUUCUGGCCGUAAAUGAUGAGGUUAUUGAAGUUAAUGGAAUUGAAGUUACCGGAAAAACUUUAGAUCAAGUAACUGACAUGAUGGUGGCAAAUAGCUCUAAUUUGAUUAUUACAGUAAAACCUGCUAAUCAGCGUACAGUCGGUCGAAGAGGUUCAUUUUCGCGUAACAGUCAAUUAUCUAGUGGGUCUCAUCAAUCUCAACAAACUACAAACACAUCAGAUGAAAAUGACGUAGAAGAACAAGACGAGAUAGUUGAUUUAACUGUUGCCGAAAAUUUGGAUGAAAAUAGUUUUAUAGAUAAUAAGGAACAUAUUUUACAUUUAUAAAUUUAUUUACAAACAUACAAUUGUGUAAUUUGAAAUUAAUUAUAUUUACAUUUACUUAAAUUUUCAAUGCAUAUACAUUAUAGCUAUUAGAUUUAUAUCAUUUUCUCAUUAUGUAAAACAAAACAAAAAUCUUAGUUAUGCUUGUCAUUCAAUAAAAAGACAGAUCAACGUA